AUGGUCCACGAAGCUAGGACGAACGGCGGAUUUAUAGACCAAAAACUGUUUAAGACAGCUGGAAAGUAUGCUUUUGAUUCUCUUUUCCUGACAGACACCAGUAUGCAAGUCCUAGUUGGCUACAUCAACCACAUUCGCCUACCUCUCAAGUGUAACUGUGAUUCUGUUUUAGUCACUAGAAAUGGAGGACAACAUAACAAGCUAGGAGAAGUAAUGAGUAAAUUGGUUUUCCAUGCAACAGGCAAGUAUGUUCACCCAACUCGCUACAGCCAAAUAGUGCAGACGGCAAGCUCUAGAACACUUAGCAGCAUCGCUCAAGAUGCGAUCUCCGAGGAACAGAAACACAGCUCUGCUGUGGCAAGAGUUCACUAUCAAAAAGGGCGAUCUCGCGAGGUCGCCAGCAAAGCACAGGGUGAGAGGGGAUCAGAGCUAGGAAUGGACGUA